ACAACGGAGACAUAGCAGAUGGAAGAAAAACCAGGAAGUUGCGUCCCUCAGGAUUAAUGUAACAAAUACAGAACAUGUUGGGAAAAGUCAGUUUAGACAGAAGACAUGGAUAGAGAAACAAAUAUUGUUUCGGGUCCAUGAUAAAGAACCAAUUUGGGAACCUCCUCCAUAAUAUGCUGCAUCCAUAGAAUCAGAUGAGUUAGGUUUAGAAUCGUGUCUGUACUGACCCUCUGAGGAACCGCAGUGUUUGAUUCCACACUCCAGGUUUUUUUGUCUGUGAUUUUGCAAGUUAUUUCAUCCUUAAGUCCUUGUCCAAACUUCCUUUCAAAAGGACGUAGGAUUCAGCUCCCAUUUUUAUUCCAGGUAGGGAAUCCAGGAACCCCACGACUCGCUUGACCGAGAAGAAGUCUUCUCCUCGUCACUCCAGAAAUUUUGCCAGCAGCAAUCAUCUUGGUGUCGAGUCAUCCCAAUCCAGGAGUGGCUAAGGAAUCAGAUUCGUGCAGUGAAUUGGAGAGUCCUGCGGGUGGCGUUUGAAUGGAAAGAGAGAGAAAGAGAGAUUUUUUAGUGUGAGCAGAGAGUUUUUUCCUCUUCCUCUCUCUCUCUGCCUCCCUGCCCUCCUCUCUCCGCAUUUGUUUAACCAGUCAUUCCCUCGCGUUAUGUAAAGAAGAUGGCGGCGGGAUAGCAGCGGCUGCAGCAAGCGGCGGGCGGAGGCGGACGACGGAGAAACAGCGGGGGCCGUGAGAGCGCGCGCCGCGGCCGCCGGGCUCUCGAGCGAAAACGGCCGUUGGGGCACGGCACGGUGCGGCGCGAGCGAGGCGGCACGGUGCCGGGCCGGGAUUGACUCGGCCACCGGGUGUGUGUGUGUGUGUGUGUGCGGCGGGGGGGAUCAUCAUCAUCAUCAUCGGCGGCGGCUGGGCUGCGGGGCCCGGCUGAAGGCGAGCGGAGGAGGCACGGCGACCGGAGACUGGCUCACACGGCGGGGCGAAAGUAACACCGGAGCCCCCCCCUUUUCCCUAAAGGGCUGAGAGCGACCGCCCGACCGGGAGAGAGGCGGCGGAUGCGGGAUUGCUGGAAUUCACCCUCCCUGGUGCAGGAUACUGUGUUAUGGCUGAACUCUUGUGGAAACUUUAUCAACAACUUGAGGAACUGAUUCCAGAUAGCAUCAUCAAUAUCUUUUAUGGAUCCCAAAUGAAGUAAUCCUGAAAGCAUUACCAUGGAUAUCUGGUUUCUGUUUUUGCUGCUGAUUUGCAGUUGUCCUGUACAUCUUCAUGCACAAAACACAACAGUUUCUCCUUCUGCCACCACCAUCACCACCUCAAGCUUAACAAAUUCAACUUUGCAACUAGAAAAUUCAACAACCCAAGCUACCCCCAACCCAGGAUCAGCAUCCAUGAAUGGAGAUGAUUCACAAAUGUUUAACACAACAGAUGCUACCAGUGAGAAUUCUACUAUAGCUACAACUGAAGCAACAAAUAAACCGUUGCAGGAAGUGACUCCAAACAUUACAAAUUCUAAUGCUACAGCCAGUCCAUCCAUAACAGCAAACGGAAAAUCAAAUGAGUCGUCAGCCGAAACAACUGCAGUUCCCACAUCAGGUGGAACAACAGCUGGUCCAGGCGGAUCUGAAACAGGGGGCGGAAAAGAUGAAAUGCCCAUUAUAGCUGUAAUGGUGGCCCUCUCAUCACUUCUAGUCAUCGUGUUUAUUAUUAUAGUUCUUUAUAUGCUGAGGUUUAAAAAAUAUAAGCAGGCUGGAAGUCAUUCAAAUUCCUUCAGGUUGUCCAACGGGAGAACAGAUGAUACAGAGCUUCAAAGCAUGCCACUGCUUGCAAGAUCUCCAAGCACCAACCGAAAGUAUCCACCUCUUUCUAUUGAGAAAUUGGAAGAAGAAGCUAAUCGACGAAUGGCAGAUGACAACAAGCUUUUCAGAGAAGAAUUUAAUGCUCUCCCUGCAUGUCCAAUUCAGGCCACUUGCGAAGCUGCAUCGAAGGAAGAAAAUAAAGAGAAAAAUCGAUAUGUUAACAUCCUUCCUUAUGAUCACUCAAGGGUUCACUUGAUACCCAUAGAAGGUGUUCCAGAUUCUGACUUUAUCAAUGCCUCAUACAUAAAUGGCUAUCAAGAGAAAAACAAGUUUAUAGCAGCACAAGGGCCUAAAGAAGAAACUGUGAAUGACUUCUGGAGGAUGAUAUGGGAACAAAACACUGCAACAAUUGUCAUGGUUACAAACCUAAAAGAGAGGAAAGAGUGCAAAUGUGCCCAGUACUGGCCAGACCAGGGUUGUUGGACAUAUGGCAACAUUCGAGUUUCUGUGGAAGACAUGAUGGUGCUGGUGGAUUACACAAUUCGCAAGUUCUGUAUUCAACAAGUAGGGGAUGUAAUGAAUAAGAAACCUCAGAGGCUAGUUACUCAGUUCCACUUUACCAGUUGGCCUGAUUUUGGAGUUCCGUUUACUCCAAUUGGCAUGCUAAAAUUUCUAAAGAAGGUGAAAACUUGCAAUCCAUCCUUUGCAGGUGCAAUUGUUGUGCAUUGCAGUGCUGGUGUUGGUCGAACAGGCACUUUCAUUGUUAUCGAUGCCAUGCUGGAUAUGAUGCAUGCAGAGAGGAAGGUGGACGUUUUUGGAUUUGUGUCACGGAUUCGAGCUCAGAGGUGUCAAAUGGUUCAGACGGAUAUGCAGUAUGUAUUUAUAUAUCAAGCACUAUUGGAACACUAUUUAUAUGGGGACACAGAACUGGAAGUGACUUCACUUGAAAGCCACUUGCAAAAGCUCUACAACAGAGUAUCUGGAUCAGGCUGCAAUGGUCUGGAGGAAGAAUUCAAGAAGUUGACUUCGAUCAAAAUUCAGAAUGAUAAGAUGAGGACAGGUAAUUUGCCAGCCAACAUGAAGAAAAACAGAGUUCUUCAGAUCAUCCCAUAUGAGUUUAACCGAGUCAUCAUUCCUGUAAAGAGAGGUGAAGAGAACACAGAUUAUGUAAAUGCAUCAUUCAUUGAUGGAUAUCGACAGAAAGAUUCAUACAUAGCCAGCCAAGGACCUCUUCAGCAUACAAUAGAAGAUUUCUGGAGAAUGAUUUGGGAGUGGAAGUCUUGUUCCAUUGUUAUGUUAACAGAAUUGGAAGAAAGAGGCCAGGAGAAAUGUGCGCAGUAUUGGCCAUCAGAAGGAUCUGUCUCCUAUGGCGAUAUUGCAAUUGAAAUAAAAAAGGAAGAAGAAAGUGAAAGUUACACAGUGCGUGAUCUGCUGGUAACUAACACACGGGAAAACAAAGUUCGUCAGAUCAGGCAGUUUCAUUUCCAUGGUUGGCCUGAGGUGGGUAUUCCUACUGAUGGAAAGGGAAUGAUCAACCUGAUUGCAGCAGUGCAGAAACAACAGCAGCAGUCAGGAAACCAUCCAAUCACUGUGCAUUGCAGUGCUGGAGCUGGAAGGACAGGAACUUUCUGUGCCCUGAGUACUGUUUUGGAAAGAGUGAAAGCUGAGGGUAUCCUGGAUGUAUUUCAGACAGUAAAGAGUCUACGGCUACAGAGACCACAUAUGGUCCAGACACUGGAACAGUAUGAAUUCUGCUACAAGGUUGUGCAAGAGUACAUUGAUGCAUUUUCGGAUUAUGCCAACUUCAAAUGAAAAAUGGCCUUCGUAAUAUUUUGUAAUAUUCUAUUUGUUAAUAUACUGAAACCAGUGUACAUAUCUUAUUGGUUUUAGAGGUUGGUACCAUAAGGCUUUCAUAUUAGCUUGAGAUUUUUUUUUAUGUAGCAGAUGGUUAGCAUAUUAGUCUCAUUUAAGCAAUUUUAUUGAGUAACGUGGCCUGAUGUUUGGAUUAAUGUUGAUGAAAUUUAUUUAGUAGCUGCGUCAAGGGUUAUUCAUUUAAAUUCAAAGGAGGUAGGGCAGGAUUUUUAAAAAAGUCGUCACUGCAAUAUCUGUGGUGUUGAUCAUUUGCUGCCUUCAAAUCCAAUUCAUUGUUGCCAGUGCUUUCUGUUAUUUCAACUAUGAUUUAAAAAAAAUAUCAAGUUUGAAAUACCCUUCUGUCAUUAACCAAUCAGUGCCAUUUAGAUGUAAUACCAUUCACUUGGACCAUUCUUCUCAGGCAUUUAACAACUUUGUAAUUGUACACUUUAUAAUUGUACACUUAAUAUUUUCAAUCUCAUACCAUUUUAUUUAUCUGAUUUGAGGUAGAAGCAGUACUUUACUGAGUUGUGUAGAUAGCCAAAGCAACUUCAGAAAUGCUUAACGUGCUACUAUAUUGUAGAAAUGCUGACCUGUAAAGGGAAUACAAUAAGAAAAUACUGCUUUUAAAAAAAGCUUUUUUUUGGUGUGGAGCCUACCUGGCUGAACUGAAAAGUACUGGAUAUCCUACCUGCAUUAUUUUUCCACAUAUCCCAAAAUCUGUGUAAUGUCCAGGUUUAAUUAUAAGUAACUUUGGUCUUGUAAAAUGAACACAUCUCUCUAACUGUUUUUGCAUUAAAAAUACAUGGGACUUGUUAUAAAGUUCUAUAGGAAUUAAAAAAAAAUGUGAGCUUUGGGAAAUAAAUUUGGAAAUAAAUUCUUGAUAGGACAAUAUAAAAGAAUAUUCUUUAGCCAAAGCCACUAUGUACUGUACAUAUGAGCUGUAACUUGAAGGCUAUUGGAUUGUUUGUUAUAUAUGUUUUUAAAAUCUACUUGUUUGAGCUUUUGUCUUAAUAAGUGGAAAAGUAACUGAAAUACUCUGUUGGAUGUUUCAAAGAUGUGAAAGAUUUGUCUGGGAUUUACCAUCAUCCCUGAAUCACUGCUGCCCCAUUUCCUAAUUUUUUUCCCCCAGUUAACACUCACCUUUGUGCAAAAGGUGGGCCAAAUUAUAUUAGUAACUUGCACAAGAGGGGGUGGGGGAGACAGAAAGGAGAGUUCAGUGAUUCACAUUAUCAUUUGUGUCUAAUCUGGACCAAAAAAAUAAUCAGAUUAUGGUUUAAAAAAUCUCAAUUUAGUUUUAAAAUUAAUAAUUGUUUUAAAAGAAUAGUUGAUAAAUGUCUUUAGUUAAUCAUUCGCUCCUAACAAUUAUAUUUUUUCUUAAAAUGUAUAAAUAAUUGCAAUUUCUUAACCUGUAUUUAUUUUUUUAUGAUGAGAAAAUUUGGUGGAUUUUUUUUAAUUUUAUCUUUUAGUAGUUUAGGAGCACUCAUUGUUAGGUAAUCUAAGGUUGGGUCAUUGUAUGGUAAAUUAACUUGCAUAAUGACCUGUAUAACAUAUAGUGCACAGUCCCAUUAAGUUAUUUGAAAUUUUGGUCAUAUCACAUUUGGGAAAACAUGACACAGUUUACUAAGUUCUCUAAUAGUGCAUUCAGUAGAUAGACUAUGGUAAUUUACUAUAUGUUAAAUGGAUUUAAUGUCAGCUGCCUACCUUUGGUAAUUCUGAUAUCACUGACCGCACUAGUGUAAAUAGGUAUUGUCUGAAUUCCUGAUUCUUGAAACUUUGGUAUUUUGGGACAAUGGCUAAGCUACAGCUAUAAUCAGAAUAAAUGUGCUCAUUACAAAAAAAAAGGAUCAUUUACUUCUCUUUUGUUUGUUUGGAAUAAAUUAAUAGAUAUAAACUUUA